AUGGCCGAGCCGCAGCGCCAGGCCGGCCUCUGCGACCUGCCCGACGCCUGCCUGGAGGCCGUGCUGGCAUUCCUGCCCCCGGUCGACCUCCUCUCCUUCCAGGGCGCUUGCCGCCGCUUCCGCGACGUCGGUCGCUCGCCCUCCCUCUGGAUCCGCAAGCUGCGGUGCGACUACGGCCUGCGGGCGGCCCCGGAGCGCGGUUCGUCCCACCUGGAGCCCCAGAGGCUGUACCAGAGCCUGGCAUGCCAGCCGCAGGCGGCGCCGCUGAGGUUCACGGGCCUGCUGACCGACGGUGGCGUGGACGAAGGCCAUCCGGCCUUCUGGUGCGGGAACAUGUUCGAGGGCGAACGGGCGCGGUGCUACUCCAGCGAGAUGCACCGCAACCGCGACGUGCGGGUGGCGGCCGGCCUGCUGUCGGACGUCCCAGCCUCCCCCCGCCCCUUCCCCUCCCCGCUGGAUCGCCCGCCCGUCCGCCAGCCCCUCCGCCAGGAGCCCACGCUGGCGACGUGGCCGGGCGGCUCAGGGCCCGCCAUUUACGACCGGAGGGCGAUGGAGGGUUGGGCAUCAUCCGAUCCCAGGGCCACCGCGAUCGUGCAGGCGGUGGCGGUGUCGCGGGAGGGCAGGCUGACCUGCCCGGUGCGCUGCGGCGCCGUCUUCCUUGCAAACACCUCGAACGCCAUGGGGGUGGAGGAGCUGUACGGCGCCACGCGCGGCCGAUGGGUGGACGCGAUGGCGGGGCUGGGGUCCUGCGACGCGGUGAUCGCCGCGGCCGGAUCGGGGUCCCUGCCCCGCGCUGCCGAGCGGAGGGCAUCGACGCACGGGGAGUGGGUGGAGUUCGACCACCCCGAUGGGUAUCGGCUGGGGGAAUUCCGCCCCGUGGUCUGGUUCCGCUUCUUCUCGAGGGAGGAGGCCAGGCUGGCGCGGCGGGCCAGCUGGGAGGAGCGGGCGCCGGCCGAGGAGGGGCCCCCGGCUGCGGCAUGCACGAGCCCGGUGCAGGGCCUGCAGACAGGCCACCCCUCCCAGACCGCCCGCCAUCCGCCAUGCCUUCCCGCCGAGAUCCCCGACCUCUCCCCCCUGGCGUCGGCGUCCAGCGGAGGGAUGUCCUCCGACGCCAGCGGCGACCCGCCCGCCGCCUCCCGGCCCCUUGAUGGCCCCAGCAACGAGCGGAAUCGGGAUGCCGGCCCCAGCGCCGGGGAGGCGUGGGCGGGCAGGGCCGUGUUCGCCGCAUCGCCGCGUGGAGCGGCGGAGCCGUCCGGCGCCAGCACCUCCGGGCAUUCGCAGGCCAUUGAUCGGGAUCAGGCGGCGGUGCUCCCACCCGGCCUGGAUGGACUGGACGAGGAUUUGUUCCCGGAUGCCAUCGCCUCGCUCGUGGGGUUUGGGGGGGGGUCGGCGGUGGUGGAGCGGGCGGGGGGGGGGGCCGGGGCUGGGCCGUCGGCGGCCGCUCAGGACGACGACGUGGGGAGCGCGACCGCCAGCGACGGCGCCAGCGCGCCCAGCGCGAUAACACUCUGGCCGGGCCACGAGGCGGACAUGGGCAGCGACAGCGACGAUGACUGGAACGUCGAUCUGGAUGUGGAAGACGACCCGUUCGCACUGCUCUGGGGCCCCCAGGUGGGGGCGCGGCCUGAAGAUUUUGGUCGUGUGUGUGUCGCCGCAUUUUUUGGUCGCUCUAUUCUUUUUGUGGUUGCUGUAACUAUGGCCAGUCCCAGGCUGCUGAUCAUCACAGCCAACCGCAGAUAA